AUGCUGUUAUCCUUCCUCGCCUUAACCCCCUCGGUCGUUGUGGCCAAACUCCCCGCUGCCAUUGAUCCCUGGUAUCCAGUGCCAGUACCGAAAGAAUCAGACACUCAUGACUUUACACUAAGACACAUUUUCCAUCGAGGCACCUAUCGAGAUCCUAAUCUGCACAAACGCUACGAUUUUAGCCCGCAGGCGCCCGUCCUUCUCACCCAAGACGAUGACCAUGUCCAGACGUCUUCCCUCCAACCGCCGCCACACUUCACCCUGCGUUCUGACUCUGUUGAGAUUGAGCGACUAGUUGACAGGCAAGCGCCGAGCAUUGAGAGAUAUCUCCAACAUGCUCGAUACACAGGCAGUCCGGCUGUGCUUGACGCUUCGCAGUGGACGCUAGACGAGGUGGUGGGUCCCAAUAUCGAGCACAAGCCCACGGUACUCAACCUGGCGAUAAUGGCAGCCAACGCAUAUAACCCAGGCCCUGGCGAAGGAGAUUGGGAAGAUGUCAACCAAGGCUAUAACCGAUCUACACCAUUUGGAUGGGAAGGCGACGGUUUAAGGGGACAUAUAUUUGCCAACGAAGGCAACGAAACAGUCAUCAUUAGUCUCAAGGGGACUUCUCCUGCCGUCUUUGAUGGAGAUGGGACUACCACCAAGGACAAGCUAAACGACAACCUCUUUUUCUCUUGCUGUUGUGCUCAAGGUGGCUCAUACUUCUGGCAUCAAGUCUGCGACUGCCAGACCGGCACGUAUACUUGUAACCGGACAUGUGUAGUCCAAGCCUUGAGACAAGAGAACCGGUAUUAUCGAGCUGCAAUCGACUUGUAUACCAACGUCACGGAAUUAUACCCAGAUUCGAACGUCUGGCUUGCAGGUCACUCCCUUGGUGGCGCAGUAACCAGCCUCCUUGGUCUCACAUUUGGUCUGCCAACCGUAACAUUUGAAGCGCCUGGCGAAGAUCUUGCAGCAAAGCGCCUCGGCCUUCCGGCUCCCCCAUCGUCAAAUCCCAACAGACCACGCACAAAAUAUACCGGGGCCUAUCACUUCGGAAACACAGCGGAUCCAGUCUUUAUGGGAACCUGCAAUGGUGCCACAGCAACGUGCACGUUGGGUGGAUACGCCAUGGAAUCCCAGUGCCAUACUGGCAAACAAUGUGUAUACGAUACUGUGAGCGACUACGGUUGGCGUGUGGGAAUAGGAAACCAUAAGAUCCACAAUGUGAUCGACAAUGUGAUCAAAAUGUACCAGACGGUCCCCACUUGUGAACCUGACGAUGAGUGCGUGGAUUGCUUCAAUUGGAAGUUCUUUGAGAGCAAUGGCUCGGACUCGACGACGACCACCCGGACAACUAGCACAAGCUCAACGACGUACACAAGAACGAGCACCUGCAAAACUCCAGGCUGGUGGGGAUGUCUAGAUGAGACUACAACAGCGACUACGACUACAUCGAUACCGGUGGUUACCACAACCUACACGACCACAAGUUGCGUUACACCAGGCUGGUUUGGGUGCAACGAGAAAGUCAAUGUCACGGUAACAACAACCACGCUCGCGCCAACAACAACCUCGUCCACCGCAUCUGUCCCUGCUUCUGCCACGCACGACCCAUCGUCUACCUGCGAGCACCCAGGUUGGUGGGGAUGUCGUGAUACUACGUCGACUACACAUAAGCCAUCUCCAUCUUCGACAUUAUCGAAUCCGAGUGCCACAAGAACCGCCAAACCACAUAAGAAGCACACAUGCAAGACACCCGGUUAUUUCUGGGGUUGUCAUGAUUCAUCCAAGUCCCACCAUCACCAUGUCACAAGCACUGCCAUUGACGCCUCGACAACAACGGAAGGCACCGUCACACGAGCGCCAACACUCACCACGAGCGUUACUAGUGCUACGGCGACUCAAACCACUACAGCCGAUGAUGGUUCAAGGAAGGGAAGGAAAUGCAGAAGACGGGUGUUUUUUGGACUAAUCUGUCUAGAUGGUUACGAAGAAUACAUACCUGAUUUGUGA